AUGGCCUUGAGGCUGCUGAGACUUGUUCCAGCGUCGGCUUCUGCGCGCGGCCUCACGGCCGGAGUCCAGCGCGUGAGACAAAUUCAUACCAGUGUGCAAAGCCAGAUGAAAUAUGGAGCUUUGGCCUUCAUUCUUGGUGACAAGAUAACCAAAAAGCUGAAUGAAUACAGCUGAGUGAUAACAGUAGACGGGAAUAUAUGCUGUGGGAAAAACAAGCUCGCAAAGGAGAUCGCAGAGAAACUAGGCAUGAAGCACUUUCCAGAAGCAGGCAUACAGUACUCCAGCAGCACCAAGGGUGAUGGGAGGCCCCUCCACACGGAAUUUAGUGGCAGCUGUAGCCUAGAGAGAUUUUAUGAUAAUCCCAAAAGCAAUGAUGGCAACAGCUACCGCCUGCAGUCCUGGUUGUAUGCCAGCCUCCUCCUACAGUACUCGGAUGCCGUGGAAUACCUGUUGAGCACAGGACAAGGUGUGGUCUUGGAGCGCUCCAUCUACAGUGACUUUGUCUUCCUGGAGGCAAUGUACAACCAGGGCUACAUCCGAAAGGAGUGUGUGGACCACUACAAUGAAGUGAAGAGGCUCACUCUCCCAGAGUACCUGCCACCCCAUGUAGUCAUCUACAUCGUUGUGCCUGUUCCAGAGAUAAAGAGCUGGAUCCAGAAGAAAGGAGACCCACAUGAAAUGAAGAUCACCACUGCUUAUCUCCAGGACAUCGAGAACGCCUACAAGAACACCUUCCUCCCAGAGAUGAGUGAGCAGUGUGAGGUUUUGGUGUAUAGUACCUGGGAAUCUGAAGACUCAACCAAGGUGGUAGAGGACAUUGAAUACCUUAACUACAACAAAGGGCCUUGGCUUAAACAGGAUGACCGAACCUUUCACAACCUGCGGAUGCUGGUUCAGGAUAAAAUGGAUGUGCUUAAUUACACGGCCGUUCCAAUCUAUCUCCCAGAAAUCACAGUUGGACCUCACCAGGAUACCCGAAUCUACAACAGCUUCAGAGAGCUGCCAGGCCGCAAGUACAACCCUGGGUACAAUGCUGAGGUGGGUGACAACUGGAUCUGGCUGAAGUGAAUUGUCCCUUCUA